UAAAAAAGUAUAGUGAGGGAACAGCCACUCUCUCCCUCCCUUGUCCGGCCCACCUCCAUCCUCCGGCUUCUCUCUCUCUCUCUGAUGGCUGCCGAGAUCUCCCGCAUCCUACACCAGAACUUCUCCGUCCCAUUCUCCGAUGUAAAGCUCCGCGGGAAGAUGAGGACGAGAAUUAGGGUUCGGGCGUCGGUUGACGACUCUGCGGCGAACUAUAUACCUGCUUCUCCCAUCGUUCUUCCCGACGGCCCUUGGAAGCAGGUUCCUGGUGGCGUUACUGCUGCAGAAGGAUUCAAAGCUGCAGGCAUAUACGGCGGCCUACGUGCCAAAGGGGAGAAACCGGACCUCGCCCUCGUCACCUGCGACGUUGAUUCAGUUGUGGCAGGUGCGUUUACCACGAACGUUGUAGCAGCGGCACCUGUUCUGUACUGUCGGCAUGUUUUGAGUAACUCAAAAACUGCUCGUGCUGUAUUGAUAAAUGCAGGCCAAGCAAAUGCUGCAACGGGUGAUGCAGGUUAUGAAGAUGUCAUAGAAUGUGCCGCAGCAGUUGCCAAGGCUCUCCAAGUGAAAUCUGAAGAAGUAUUGAUUGAAUCAACUGGUGUAAUUGGUCAAAGGAUAAAGAAGGAAGCCCUUCUGAAAUCACUUCCAAAGCUGGUCAAUUCAUUGUCACCAACCACAAGAGGUGGAGAUUCUGCUGCAGUGGCCAUCACAACGACUGACCUUGUCAGCAAGAGCAUAGCAAUGGAAACAGAGAUAGGAGGUGCCAGUAUCAAGAUAGGUGGAAUGGCCAAAGGUUCUGGAAUGAUUCACCCAAAUAUGGCAACCUUGCUUGGUGUUAUAACAACUGAUGCACUGGUUGCUAGUGAUGUUUGGCAAAGAAUGGUAAAACUAGCAGUCAACAGGAGUUUCAACCAAAUAACAGUAGAUGGUGAUACAAGUACCAAUGAUUCUGUAAUUGCGCUGGCUAGUGGCAUAGCUGGAUCGAUGGAGAUUUCUUCAUUGGACAUCCCUGAGGCUCAUCAAUUACAAACAUGUCUUGACACGGUUAUGCAAGGUCUAGCAAAAUCAAUUGCAUCAGAUGGUGAAGGCGCAACAUGCUUGAUUGAGGUAACUGUUACUGGCGCCAACAAUGAAGUUGAUGCAUCAAAGAUAGCACGCUCAGUAGCAUCUUCCUCUCUUGUUAAGGCAGCAGUAUACGGCAGAGACCCAAACUGGGGCCGUAUUGCUUGUGCAGCAGGCUAUUCUGGGAUCCCCUUCAAUCCCAAUGACCUUCGUAUAUCUUUGGGAGAAAUUCUUCUGAUGGAAGGAGGCCAGCCUCUGCCCUUUGACAGGGAAGCAGCUAGUGCAUACCUCAAGCAGGCAGGAGACACACAUGGAACAGUUCAUAUUCACAUCACCAUCGGAAAAGGCCGAGGCAGUGGUCGAGCGUGGGGCUGCGACCUCAGCUAUGACUAUGUUAAGAUCAAUGCCGAAUAUACAACAUGAAGGUCAUUGUUGAGGAGGAACUAUGAAGGAGAUUUUCACACGAGAUUGUGAAUCACAUGAAUUAUGAGAGGAAAAGCGUUAAAAAGUCGAGCUUCUCUCAGUUCUUUCCCUCGGAUGUCUACUAUUGUUUUGCCUGUAGAUUUUGAGUUACCGGCGGGUUAGGCAGCUCAAUAAUGAGGAAUAAGUGUAAAAAAAGAUGGCAAACGGGACGACCAUUGCACCGUAACGUUUACUCUUCCUCUCUCCCUCUCUUCUGAUGCGACAUGUUGAUUUCGAAAGCAGACGCUACGGCGUCAAAGUUGGCGAUCAAAUUGUUCUUUCCUUGUGAUGUCAGCCAAAUGGUGUUCUCGAGUUACGAUACGCUGGUAAUAUCAUUCAGUUGAAAAUUUUCA